AUGAGACCUUCCCCUUUUGACAACAAUGACCCAUUACAUCAGCUCACCUGCUCAAGGGACUGCAGCACUGAAUCACACACAAGGCCCUUGGGUCCUGCUUGCUGCUGGCACCAGUAUGCCUUUGCCAUGUGGGCUGAUGACAAGAUGACUCUUAAAGAAAAUGUCUCAGAAUAUCAACCAAAAUUGAUAAAGAAAAUCAUGCUUACUUUGUCCUGGAUCCUAGCAUUGUUUGUCAGUGGGGCAGAAGUUAGAGAGAUUAACUUGCCAGGAUGUUCCCAUGCUGAACCUCAAAUAUGGUAUCGUGCAAUUAGUGAUGAGGAGUUUGUUUUACAAUGCGCUUUACCAGAUAGAGAUGCUACCCACAUUUAUAACAACUCACUUCUAAAACAACAUAAGGUGAAAUGGUUCUGGCGUCAGAAAGAUAAAGAGCCACUGAAGGCUAUCAAGGAAAGCUCUAAUCCUGCUCUCCAAGGGAAUGCACUUUGGUUUAAACCAGUAAGGGACAGUGCUUCCGGAGUAUACAUCUGUAUGAUACGGGAAAAAAUCCCAUGUCUCAAAAUUGUUUUGGAAGUUCAAACAAAGAAGGCGGCAAAAUGUUCAGGUUAUGACACAAAUGUGCUGUAUCUUCUUGCUGGCAGUGGGAAUUCAAUAACUUGUCCUGGGACAAAAUGCUACAGCCAUAUAGAAAAGCCAGAUGUAAAAUGGUACAAGGAUGGUCAUCAGAUAAAACAUAGGAAAAGCAGACAAAGCCGAAAGCUUAAGCGUAAUGAAAUCUACUUGAAUCCAACCUAUGGCAAAGAUGCUGGAAUAUAUGUGUGUGAUUACACUCUAUAUGACAACACUACCAAGUGGACAAUGAGAACAGCGGUAACAGUAGAAGUCAUUGCAAAAACCACUAUCCAUCCACCAAACUUCUUGUAUCCCAAUGGUGUGGUGAUCCUUGAAGCAGAGCUUGGAAAGCCACUUGAAUUGGAAUGCCGUGUACAGUUUGGGUUUGAAAGAGUUUCUUCGAUGAGGGUAACAUGGAAAAGAAACAACAAAGAAAAUAUAAAUGAGAAAUUGAAUCAGGAAACAAGUGUUUGUCCAAAAGGUUUAAGGGGGCACACACUUCUUCAUGUUGCGAAACUGAAAGAAGUUACCGAAAGGGACCUCAGAAGCAACUUCACGUGCUUUGCUGAGAAUUCGGUGGGGAACGCCACUGCUGUGAUCCAGCUGAAAAGAAAGCAGAGAGUGUUUCUCUUAUACAUACUAUGCAGUGCCAUUUCUACUCUAUUUGCAUUCCUUUUGUGCACUGCCUUUGUUUACCAGCACUGGAUUGAAAUAGUGCUGAUGUACCGAAGUUACCUGGUCCACAACGAAACUACAGGAGAUGGCAAAGAAUUUGAUGCAUUUGUGUCCUAUGCAAAACUAGACCCUUCUGAAAGUGACUCUACCUUAAUUAGUGAGGAAAAAUUUGCCCUGGAGCUUCUUCCAGAUAUGCUGGAAAAUAAAUAUGGAUACAAGUUAUGCAUUCUUGAAAGAGAUGUUCUUCCAGGAGGAGCAUACACAGAUGAAGUUGUUACAGCUAUUAAACAAAGCAGACGAGCAAUAAUUGUUUUGAGCCCAGCCUACGUCAGUGGACCAAGCAUCUUUGAACUGCAGGCAGCAGUGAACUGUGCGUUGGAAGACAAAAAGAUCAAACUGGUAUUAAUAAAGUUCCAGGCUUUCCAAGAGCCAGAGACUUUGCCUCCAGUAGUGAAGAAGGCUCUUCGGAUUUUACCAGUCAUUACCUGGAAGUCUUCUAUUUCUGCUGCUCCAAACAAGAAGUUCUGGAAAUAUAUGCGUUACCACAUGCCAGUGAAAACUACUAAGAUGUUGGGAAACUGCAGCCUGAAGGGCUUUUUCCAAAGGUUAUUCAGUCUAGUAUAUCGAUAG